GUCGGUGUGCUUACUAGUGUCACUUGUAUUGAGACAUCCAGCGUAGUAGAAGCCGCUGCAGCCAUGAAGGCAGCCCUCGUCCUGCUCAUCGCUGGAAUGUUGCUCGUGGCGUACUGCACGCCGUUCGCUGUUGCAGACGAUGAAGAUGAAGCGGUGGAUGAAGCAGCCGAGAACAGAGACGCUGAUGACGACGACACCGGCAGCUCAUCAGACGACGACGCCGAUGACAGCGGUGAUGAGGAGGGUCUAAGUGGAGAGAGCAGGCGGGCAGCUCAAGGUGCUCACGCCCGGGCUGGCCACGCAAAACAUGCACGCGCAGGCAGCCGACACAUUGCGUCCAGAGCUGGAAGCAGAUCCCAUGCCAGGUCAGGCGCCGCCAUCAGAGCUGCACACAGCAAGUAGUCGCUGUUGCUGAGGCAGCACCACACCGCAGAGGCGCAGUCUGGAGCUGCUCCCACUGUCCUGUACGCUGCACUGAUGUGGAGAAAAUAAAGCACCACUGUACUAUGUGGCAGACAUAUGUGUGUUACUCAUUGUCCUAUAAAUGUAAGAUCAAGUGCACGCAUAAGUAAUAACUAAAAAUGGAAAAAGUUUCCAAAGUUCCAAAAUCUUAUAAGUGUUCCAGUUUUCCGGUGUAAAAAAUAUAUUCGGCCCUAUGUAAUACUACCAGCAUUAUAUCAUUAUCUAUAUAUGUUACACUGUGAUGUGAAUGGGAGUUUGUAUUUCUUCAUAUGGAAUUGUUGGACUGCUCUUAGUUAUUGCAGAUAUAUAUCAGUUGUCAUUAAAAACA